AACCGGAAGUGUCUGUCCAUAGACAGGAAGUGAAAGGCUUUUUUUUUUCUGUUCUGUGACAAUGGUGAGGAGGAAGGAGAAGAGUUGAUGUGACUGUGCUGGCGUUAUGCCGGGAUCGCAGAGGGGGAACUGAGGAGCGGAGCUGUCCAUACAGAGAGUAACGGAACAAAGUCGAUUUCUGGACUCAUCAUUUAGGAUGGAGAAGGAGCAGAGCUACACGGUGAAGAUGAUUUUAGAUCUCACUCUGGAGAUCAUCUACCUGCUUAACGGAGAGAAUUAUAUACAUUUCAAGUUAUCUGAUGGCUUGACCAAACAUGGUCAAAGAAAAACACAAAGCUAUAUCAUGGACCUUCCAGCUCCCUUUUUGACACAUGAGAGGAACAACGACAAGAAGAUCCUAGAAGUCACCAGUGAGAUCAUUGAUCUGCUGACAGGAGAGGUUCCUAUAAGAUGUCCAAUUAGCAAUGUGCCUUUCUCCAUGGAGGAGUGGGAGUAUAUAGAAGGACACAAGGAUCUCUACAAGGACGUCAUGAUGGAGAAGCGGCCGCCCCUCACAUCACCGGGUAAGAGGAGACUUCCAUUUCUUGUAAAGGAGAGAAGAGUAUUGAGGAUCCCCCUAGAUACACAUCCUCUGAUAUAAAGACAUAGAAACAAUGUAUUCAGCCAGUGUGUGUUUCCUACAGAUGGAUCCAGAAACAGAAAUUCCCCAGAGAGAUGUCCCCGUCCUCUGUAUUCCCGGGACUCCACACAGGAACAUCAGGAGAUCCCUCAGGAGGAUCAGGAGGACCCCCAGGAGGAUCAGGGUGAAAAUGUGCUUCAGUUUGAAGUAAAAGAUGAAGACGAGGAUCUGUAUGUGAUGAGUGAUGAUCCAUGUAAGGAGGACGUUCCUUCAGAGAUCAGCACAGACACCAGAGCCACUCAGAUAGAUGUCAAUGGUAAGGAAGAGGAAGAUGGCCAUGUGAGGAUUAAAGAGGAGGACGUUCCUGUAGAGAUCAGCACAGAUGGACAACACACUGGGCAUAAAUUUAUUAUCUCUCCAGAUGGUGAAAUAGAAGAUGAUGGCCUCUCUGAGGAUUCUUCAGAAGAAAAUCCUAUUACCUCUUAUCCAGUACUUUCCACUGCAGAUCUAUCAUAUGAUCCCUUUACACAUGAGGGGAGCUUUUCUGAACACUACCCUCCAGUCCCCCACCAUACAGAUCAUGAAGGGGAUGAAAUGUUCUCAUGUUCCAUAUGCGGACGAUUUUUUGCCCAGGAAGCGACGCUCAUCUCUCACCAGAAAAUUCAUACAGCAGAGAAGUCCUAUAUAUGUUCUGUGUGUGGGAAAUGUUUUAUGCAGAAGUCAUGUUUUGUCCUCCAUCAACGAAUUCACACAGCGGAGAAGCCUUAUCCCUGUUCUGAAUGGGGGAAGUGUUUUACAGAGCUAGGAACACUUCUUUCACAUCCAAGAACUCAAACUGGGGAGAAGCCUUAUUCAUGUUCAGAGUGUGGGAAAAGUUUUACCACGAGUUCCGCUCUUUCUAGGCACCAGAGAAUUCAUACAGGAGAGAAGCCGUAUUCAUGUUCAGAAUGUGGGAAAUGUUUCUCUCAGAGAUCACACCUUAUCACCCAUGAAAAGCUUCAUACCGGAGAGAAGCCGUAUUCAUGUAUACAAUGCGGGAAAUGUUUCUCUCAGAAAUCACACCUUAUGACCCAUGAAAAACUUCAUACCGGAGAGAAACCGUAUUCAUGUUUACAAUGCGGGAAAUGUUUCUCUCGGCGAUCACACCUUAUAAUCCAUGAAAAGCUUCAUACUGGAGAGAAGCCGUAUUCAUGUUUACAAUGCGGGAAACGUUUUUCGAGGGCAGGUAGUCUUAUUAAACACCAGAGAACUCACAAGUGGUGAAGCUUUAUACAUGCUCCGAGUGAGGGAAAUAUUUUGUCACCAAAGGUCAUGUUUUGCUUUCUCAUCCGUUAAGAGACGCUGGAAGCCUUUUAUCCUCAGGUAAUACUACAGUCCUCAAGAGUAUUGGACAUUGGCAAGCAAAAAAACUGUAGGUAAGCCCCAAAAUAUCUUCGUCCACUAACAACAUGCAGAGGCGUUGCUAGGGGGGUGCGGUCCGCACCGGGUGACACCCGCU